AUGCAAGAAACAACAAACCAAGCAAAGCCAACGCCCACUCGUCGACGACAUGGUCGGGGCGGUGGUGGCAAGGCUGCUGGGCAGAAGAUGUAUGCAUCCGAGACCGACGUAGCCAUCGUCUCAGCCCUGGCCUACGAACAAGUCGGCAAUCCUCAUACCCCCCAAAAGUCAUACUCCGGCUCGCCUGAGCCGCAAUCCGGCAAUAGCAACCAGCCUGGCUCUAAACAGCGCUCGCGCAACAAACCCCGGACUAAGAAUGUCAAUACCGUAGCUUCGCCCGACGUCACCCGCCAGAACCGUCGCUCGACCCCUCAGAGCAUCCCGGUAAACAAGUCGGCAGCAGCUGCUUUCGCCGGCGCAACCUUCCAUGCUUCUCCUGCUCCCUCGGCUUUACCCAUGCCCAGCUUCUAUUCGAAAUCUAUUCCCGAAUCUCCAGGACCCAGACCGGAAGUUCAGCAGCAGCCGUCACCACCGACUACCGAACGACAACGUCCGACACCUCAGCAUCCUGCGACUGCACCUAGGGCUCGCGAGUCGCCUCUGGACGCCAUAUUUAGGGCCGAUAGAGCCGAAAAGGAGCAGGCGCGGCGAUCUAGUUCUCUAUACUCCUCGAUUCAGACGGACGGUUCUGAGUCAACCGCUGCCCCUUCACCGGGAGAGGCCAACAACGGCCCUUUCGUUGCGAAGCCUUACCACACUCAUCCUGGGCACCGCAUACCCCUUCAGAGAUCAUCUAGCGGAAUCUCAGCAGGAGAGCUUGACGGGUUUUCGGGAAAGCCCCUUGGCCCUGCCUUCUCCACCCCGUACCAAGAGCGGAUUCGUGCUGCCCGCGCCGCUCCCAACCAGUCUCCAAAUGGCUCAAGACCUUCGCAUGUCUCACCGAUCGAGGACCGCUCUGAGGCUCUAAAGAAGUAUCUCUUCGGCGGCAAAGGUCUGGCAUCAUCUACUCAGUCACCCACUUCGGGUCCGCCGGCUCAGUAUGUUCAUAACGGCUUCAUGAGAAACAACCCAGUACCCCAGGGCGAACAGUCUGCCGACCUUCGCGCUAUGGAGGACAAUCUGCGCCGCAUUCUGAAACUCGAAUCCCCCAUGGCAUCUACAAAAUCUGGGGAACGCCCUCUGUACUCUUAG